ACUCACUCCACCAUUAUUCGCACUGCAAGUUAGAGUCUGUAAAAGAGACUCAGAGCAAAACAAAGAAAGAGAAAGAGCGAAAAAGAGACCACCUUUAUUCUCGCCUUCUUCUCUACACAACUCAAGGGUUUUGUUUUGGGAAAUUUGAUUCUUGAAGAAGAAGGAUGAUAGACUUUGCGCGCGUGCAGAAGGAGCUGGUGGAAUGUGGUAAGGACGCUGAGGGAUCGGGAAUCAAGGUCACACCUAAAUCCGAUAACCUCGUUCUCCUCCUCGGAACCAUUCCCGGUCCUAUCGGAACCCCUUACGAAGGUGGCGUCUUCAAAAUCGACAUCACAUUGCCCGAUGGGUACCCGUUUGAACCACCAAAGAUGCAGUUUUCAACCAAAGUCUGGCACCCUAAUAUCAGCAGCCAGAGUGGAGCUAUUUGCUUGGACAUAUUGAAGGAUCAAUGGAGUCCCGCACUCACUCUGAAGACUGCGCUUCUUUCUGUGCAAGCUCUUCUCUCUGCGCCUCAACCGGAUGAUCCUCAAGAUGCCGUUGUGGCACAGCAGUAUCUGAAAGACUAUCAGACAUUUGUUAACACUGCCCGCUACUGGACAGAAAGUUUUGCUAAGCCCACUUCUCUUGGGAUUGAAGAUAAGGUACAGAAACUCGUAGAGAUGGGGUUUCCUGAAGCUCAAGUAAGGAACAUUUUGGAAGCUGUCGGCGGAGAUGAAAAUUUGGCUCUUGAAAGGCUGCUCUAGCCUGUCGCCUGUUGUGAAAUAUCGACCGAAUCAUUUUGAUCUUGGUGAAGUUUAGAAAGAUAUGUUCACCAUUGAAUGCUUGAACCAUUAUAGAAACAAAGGAUCAAUUGAAUAUAAACCUAUAUAAAAUUUAUAUUGAACCAAAUCAGGUAGGUUUUCUUUUUUGGAUCUGCUUAUUUUCCCUUUUUUCCCCCUUUGGAAACUUUGGUACUAGAGAUUUUCCUUGUUAUAAUAGAAUGUAUGAAACUGAAUCCCUUAUUGGAAAAGUUUAUCCUCCAUGGAUGGAAUCAUUAAUUGAGA